UCCGUCUCCUAGAACUUCCGGUACCGUCUCCCUCUCUCUUCCGGUUUUCCUAGCGUGACCGACGUUUCGUGUCUGUUUAGACUUAAAAAAUGCGUUACGUGGCCGCUUACCUCCUCGCUGCUCUCGGUGGAAACACCAGCCCCUCCGCCAAGGACAUCAAGAACAUCUUGGGCAGUGUGGGAAUUGAGGCUGAUGACGAACGCUUGAACAAGGUUAUUAGUGAGCUGAAUGGGAAAGACAUCAAUGAAGUCAUGAACUCAGGCCUCUCCAAGUUAGCCUCUGUGCCAGCAGGUGGUGCUGUAGCAGCACCUGCACCUGCUGCUGGGGCUGCUGCAGCUGGGGCCGCACCUGUUGCUGCGGAAGAGAAAAAAGAAGAGAAGAAGGAGGAAUCCGAAGAGUCAGACGAAGAUAUGGGCUUCGGGCUCUUUGAUUAAUCUGUCUUCUCUCUGUUUAAAAAGCAAUAAAAAUGUAAAAGGUUUACACAAA